UUUUCUUAUUAUAUUACAGCCAUGAGGCUUCUCUGCCUUCUGCUGCUGGUCUGUUUGGCUGGUUGCAGUGCUUCCAGGUCAAGAGACUGGGCUCUUCAUGGCGCCCCUAUGUUUGCAGACCUCACAGUUCGUGAGUUGAAAGCAGUCCGGGCCUACCUGCAUGGUAUUCCAGAACUGGAGCUUACUGAUGCUCGUAGCAAGAUUCUGAAAAGGAACAGCAUCCUCCUGAUAGAACUCCAUUUGCCAAGGAAGCAUGAAGCCCUGAGAGCUCUGGACCGUGGCCAGGCCAAACCCCCACGUCAAGCCCGUGUGAUCAUCCAGUUCGCAAACCAGACCAAACCCAACAUAACUGAGUAUAUUGUCAGUCCUCUACCAUCCCCAAAUUCUCAUGAAGUCAAAACCUUCAAGGGGGAUAGGCCCAUACAGUUUGAGUCAAGGCCUAUUACUCUUGUAGAAUAUGAUCAUAUCAAUAGCAUCCUCGAGAAGAUCACAACUAAAGCUCACAAGCUUCUAUUUGAGACCACAGGAGGGUUUUCCUUUACUAACUGCUCUGACCGCUGCCUGACGUUCUCUGACAUAGCUCCCCGUGGGUUGGGUCCAGGUGAGAGAAGAACCUGGAUCAUGUUGCAGAAGUUUGUGGAAGGUUAUUUCAUCCACCCAGUUGGGUUUGAGGUACUGAUCAAUCAUCAGGACCUGGAUCCAGAAAAGUGGACUGUUGAAAAGGUCUGGUACAACAGCGUGUACUUUGAUAGUGUUGAGGAACUGGUAGAAAAAUAUGAAUCAGGAGGUGUAGAGAAGGUCAAACUGCCCCGUCAUGACGACAAUGACCUCUACUCCACCUACAUCCCUCGGGGCCACAGCAAGACUCCCACUAAUAUCCAUGGACCAAAGCUUGUGGAACCUCAGGGGCCUCGCUAUUACAUUGACCGCAACUUUGUUGAAUAUGCCGGAUGGUCUUUCGCCUACAGAGUCCGCUCAUCAGCUGGGCUUCAAGUGUUUGACCUGCGUUUCAACGGAGAAAGGAUUGCCUAUGAGAUCAGCCUCCAAGAAGCUGUUGCUUUCUAUGCUGGUGAUACCCCUGCUGCCAUGCAAACAAAGUAUAUUGAUGCUGGCUGGGCGAUGGGGAGCUCAACCUAUGAGCUGGCACCAGGAAUUGACUGUCCAGAGAUUGCCACCUUUAUUGACCUUUACCAUUACUUUGACACAGACAAACCUGUGCAACACAAAAAUGCACUCUGUAUUUUUGAGAUGACCACUGCUAUGCCUCUGAGAAGACAUUUCAACUCCAACUUCCAGGGCGGUUACAACUUCUACGGAGGGGUCGAAAACACCGUGCUGGUGAUGCGGACGACCUCAACAGUUUACAACUAUGAUUACAUCUGGGACUUCCUCUUCUACCAGAAUGGGGUGGCGGAGGUAAAGGUCAGUGCCACUGGAUACAUCCACGCCACUUUCUUUACACCUAACGGACUUCACUACGGCACCAAGGUGUACAACUAUGUGCUGGGAAACCUGCACACACACCUCGUUCAUUACAAAGUGGAUCUUGAUAUUGCUGGUCGAGAGAACAGCUUUGAGACGAUGGAUCUGAAAUUUGUCAACUUCACAAAUCCCUGGAGCCCGAAUAAUUUCAUCGUCCAGUCCAAACUGCACAGGACAGAGCACAGGACUGAGCGAUCUGCUGCUUUCCGCUUUGGCAAAAAGUUCCCCCGCUAUGUGCACUUUUACAACCCUAAUGAGAAAAAUAAAUGGGGGCACCAGAGGGGUUACCGUAUUCAGUUUAACUCACAUGCACACGGUGUCCUUCCAAGAGGCUGGAGAGAGGAAAAUGGCAUCAGUUGGUCAAGGUAUCCUCUGGCUGUGACUCGUCAUAAAGAUAGUGAGGCCAGCAGCAGCAGCAUUUACACCCAGAACGACCCCUGGGAACCUGUUGUGUCCUUUGAGGACUACAUCCGCAACAACGAAGACAUAGUCAACCAGGAUCUGGUUGCCUGGGUGACAGUAGGCUUCCUGCAUGUGCCUCACUCAGAGGACAUCCCCAACACGGCGACGCCCGGCAACGCAGUGGGUUUCUUCCUCCGACCUUUCAAUUUCUUCGACGAAGACCCUUCGCUCGCAUCCAGAAGCACCGUCAUUGUCCGGCCAGGCCAGGACGGCAAGCCCAAGGUCCAGAGAUGGACACCUGAGGUCGUAGGUCACUGUGUGACGAACAAGCCGUUCUUUUACAAUGGCACUUACGCAGGAGUCUAG